UCUCCGGGAUUUCGGAAAAUGUGUUGCGGUCGGAUUAGAUCCUGCUCUGCGGAAUAACUCCUGUGAAAAUUACGUAACUUUAAGACCACCCACUACCCCCCAUCUUCAGAUCAUGUCCCAGCACUACAACCGCUUUCUCAAACUGUUGGAACGUUGGCCUGUCGAUCAGAGCAAGAUUGGCCGUGAUCUAGGGCAGUACCUUCGCGAUCAGCUGAAAGCCGUUCUCGGUGGAACGAACAUAAUAGCUGUGAAAGACGAGCGACUCAUCAAGCAGUAUCAGUCGCUGGAAAACAUUGUCAACGACGUACAUCUGCGGGCUCAUCCCCGCUCGCUCAGUUCGACGGCAACCGGAUUGUCCGGAGAGCACUGCCGCGAAGUGCUAUCCUCGGAGUUUCUAGAGCAUCUAAACAAGAAGGGUGUUUUCGAAAAGUAGGAACAGGAUGGCUCUUGGAAGAAUGGCCAGUAGGUUAAGUCUAGUAUUAGGUGGAAGGAGGUGGACGAAUACGCAAGCUGCUCCCCAUAUUCCGGUGAUGGCUGUGGAGACG